AUGUCUUUUUCAAAUGAACCACUUCAAAUUUACAAUCAACAACAACCACCACCACUUGCUUUCAGUGGUAAUAACAAUUACAACGCUAAUAACAAUUAUAACGCUAAUAACAAUUAUAACGCUAAUAACAAUUAUAGCGCUAAUAACAAUUAUAAUGUUAAUACACCUAAUUUGAGUAGUAACAUGAAUCCGCAAGUUAACAUGAAUCCGCAAGUUAACAUGAAUCCGCAAGGUAACGCUUUCAUAGUUCCUUCGCCGUCGCAGCCAUCUGUACCUGUUGGCGAAACAAACAUGCAGCAUAUCCCACUUUUGCAACAACCAUUCUACUAUAACGGACAACCCUCUAUGAAAACACAUUAUUUAAUGUGGAUUUUCGUUGUUUGUUUGUUGGCUAUUAUGAUUGGUUUGUCUGUUGGUCUCGCUAAAUGGAAAAAAGAUUACGACGAUCUUCGUGAUGCAAAAGCUACUACAGCUACGGCCGCAUAUCUUGUUAAACUACGUGAUUUUAUCGUUAUACGUUUUUCCUCUUAA